AUGCGUGUCCUCAAUAUAGAUGACGAUACCACAACGGGGGACGUUAGCCUGGACGGCACCGUGGACUUGCUGAAGCUCCUUCAAUGGUACUCCACCUACAGCUUUCAGGAGGAGCUGAUCCUCUCUGCGGAUAUGAGGGACCUCCGACGCCUAAGCCGCCAGUAUGGAGUCCCCUGGGAGGAGGUGGACAACGUCAAGCGUCAGUUCGAUGCCGUGGACGAGGAUGGCUCAGGCGACAUCAGCUUGCAGGAGUUCAGCGACGUCCUGCGGCGAGUUCUCCAGGUUCCUCCGAACCUCGAGCUGCCAGCGAAUCGCGUCAGGUACUUCUGGCAGGAGCUGGACCACGAUGGAAAUGGGAAGGCCGACUUCACCGAGUUCCUUCCCUGGUGGCUCAAGUACUUCCACAACAAGGAGGGCCGAAAGAUGUUGGUGAAGCCAUUCGAGGACUUUUAUCGCAAUGUCCGCAGCCUGAAGAAUCCGGAUCCGCCACCAUACCGGCAAGGGGAGAAGAUCGUGACUACUUCGGCUGGCACUCAGCCGACGCAGCCGACUCCCCAACACCUACGGCGGGAGUCCAGCAUCUAUUCUCAAGGUGCUUCCAUUGCCUCCGGGGGUCCGGCCCGUGAAGGUUCCAUCCUCUCGUGCUGA